CUCUCUUUAUCGACGGAUCAGUCCGAGGAAAUAGCUUGGUCGGGAAGUUUCACUACCUCAGCUAAUACCACUACCGACAUACUACAACGCUGUAUGUGUAGUUGUCUUUUUAAAUGAUCAGACAAGUUGGCCAGUUUGUGUUGAUUUGUUUGGAUAUUUAGCUAUCGAAUUCGAACUCGAUUACAUUUUUAGGAUACCGAUGAGCCUCGGAGUGAUCACCAAGAUGAAAUAGCGUAUAAUUCGAGCUUUCUGGCAUCCUCAUCAACUCUAAACUCUCAUUCAAUGCGCCACAUCACCCGCGGGAAAACAAGUACCGAUUUGCAAACGUGUGCUGGUGGAAGUUGGAAAGCUGGAGUCGCGAAGUAGGAGGACCGGCAAGGUUAGAAAGUUUUUCACUCCUUUCACUUUUAACCCCCAAAUCUAACACGCUUGAUAACUAUUUACCGGACGAAUAUUAUACGAAGUUGUGAUACCGAACAUUAGCAUUUGACAUCGUAAUAUCUGAAAACUGUAUUGUGUUCGCUUGCCAUUAUUAUUGGAUGCUUGAACUUCUGAGAUUGAUGUUGCUUGCCGACCGGACGUUUUGCACUAGCUACCCUGCCACGUAUGCAUGUGUGAUCUCACUAUAGACAUCCAUAAUACCAACUAGAGAUGAGUGGCAAAAACAUAAUUCAAUGAAGAUGAUCGGGAAUGUUUAUAUCGGAGAUCGAAUUGGUUCAUAUGCAGUGAGCUGGAGACAAGACCCUUUUGUCAGAAUCUAUCCAACCAUGGCAAGGAAGGCAAAGUCUCAAGCUCUGAUGCUUCUGCUCAUUGUCCCUCUCCUGUCAUUGGCGGGAGUCAUGUUGUACAUGUCCAAGUGCAGUCCUGGCCCUCAGCCGGAGUGUCCUCAAGUGGACAACAGCCGUGUCUCCAACGAAGGGGUAAAGUCAGUCAAACGUGACUACUCUGCGUUCCUAGUCAUUCUGAUCAUGUCUGGGCCUCAACUGGAUGCUCGGAGAUACACCAUCCGAGAGACCUGGAUGACAAAGAGGACAAAAGACAUCAUCAUCAAGUUUGUGAUUGGGACACAUGGGUUGUCUGGUGAGGAGAAGAAGCAGUUGGAGAAAGAAAGCGGUCUGCAUCAUGACCUCCUGCUCUUGGCAUCCGUCCAUGAGAACCUCAAGUCUAACACCCAGAAGCUCAUAGAUUCCUUUGUCUGGGUUGACAGGCAUGUGGACACCAAGUUCGUCUUGAAGGUCGAUGAUGACUCCAUAGUCAGGUUGGACGCUCUGUCCCGGGAGCUUCACAGCAAGAACCAAGAGAAGCUCUACUGGGGAUUCUUUGAUGGACGCCAGCAUGCGCAUACCCGCGGAAAAUACGCUGAGAACGAUUGGCUCCUCUGCGACCAUUACCUCCCAUUUGCCAUAGGCGGUGGAUACGUCUUAUCCAGCGACCUAAUCCAUUAUGUUGCCAUCAAUGCUAAGAUGCUUAAAAAGUACAAUGCAGAAGACAUAUCUCUUGGUUCUUGGCUAGCUGCGGUUGACGUCGAUCGGGAGCACGAUCCCCGUUUUGAUACCGAGUACAAAUCACGAGGUUGCCGCAAUGUUUACCUCAUCUCUCACAAACAGACUGCGCAGGAUCUCAAAGAAAAAUGGAGCCAUUUGCAGAAGACUGGCAAAAUGUGUGAAAAGGAAGAACAACUACGGCAAUCAUAUGUUUACAACUGGAAUAAACCACCCUCGGAAUGCUGUGAAAGGGUGCAAGGUGUUCCUUGAGUGACAUUAAGAAUCAUAACAAAGGUUAAAAACAAUUGAAAUCAAAAGAAAUUGGACAUCAGGUACUGGAAAUCCUGAAUCUGGUGAUUCAUCUGGAUAAAAAUGAGAUGAUUUCUACAGUGAAAAACUAAUAUUGAAUUUUAAAACUGUUUUUUUUUAUCUGGAAAUUUUAAUUUUCAAAAUAGGUACAUGGAAGUGAUGUCACCAACCACAUAGGAACCAGGGUGUUUUAGAUUGUGAAAUUAUCUUUCAUUUAAGAGUUUGGAUCAUGUCACUGUCAACUUCCUUGUUCUGCAAUCUACAUUUAUUGUAUGCACACAUAUAGGCCUAAGACCCCCAGGAAAAAAAGUUAGUAUCGAGCCCUGGGCCUUCUGAUAAGAUAGAUUAUAAGUGUUCAUUCUUUUUUUUUAUCUUGCCGCAUGCAGGAUUUCACAUUGAUUUUCCUGAUUCCCCAUUGCUUUCUUUCUUCGGAGGAUAGAAAUAGAAUAAACACCGAAUGCAGUUUCUGUGGAGAAAGGCAGCCAAAAAGUAGCUCUGACUUUAGAUUAGGUGGCCAAAGUUCUUUGAUGAUAAUGAUGUUAUUAAAGAGGAUGCCGCGAUCCAAACCAUACAGGCAAAAUAUUCGAUUUAAGGGGUUUGUGAUAGUACUGCCUUGCAUCAGUGGAUUAGCCAAUGUACUAUUGGAAAAUCCUUGCAAUCACUGACACGCUAUUGGGUGUCCCUGCAUCUCAAGACAUUGGCAGAUAACUGAUUACACAAAGAAUUUAUUUUGGUACUGCCAAACUCCUGAAAGUUCCUUAACUGGAAACAUAUUUUUCAAACAAAGAAUCUCAUGCAAAAAAAAAAUCUUGCCUAUUCCAUGCUUGCCUUCUUUAUUAAGAAAUAUGCAACAAUUAUUGAUAAUGUUAUCCAGUGCCAAUAUGUUUUGAAUUCUGUCCAUGUACUUGUAUGUUUUUUUCCCCAAAGUGCUGAUGAUACCCAAAGAUAUUCUUUGAAAUUGUCUUUGUGUAUUACGUGUACUUGUGAAUAGUGAACUACUUUAAUGGUUUUUUUUAUUUUGUGUAUUAAUGAUUGAUCUUCUCAGCCUUGUUCUCAAGCAAAAUAUUAUUUUAGAUAAAAUAAGGACUUUGUAAAGGCAGGAGCAGGCUAAUGAAUUUGCCAUUUGGGUAAAAUACAUGUAAGGUAAUUUUGAUGGUCACAACUCACAACAUAUCCCAGACAUCUUGUUAUGUACAUGUACUAGGAUAUUUGAAUGGGUACCUGGCAGGAAUUUAUUCUUUGAAAUGCCGAGCGCGUAAAAGCUGCUUGAGCUAUAGCCAGGGUAAUAAUAUCCAAAUCCUUUGGAAGCGCAUAGAGACGUUAUUCAUAAUGUGUUAUGCGCUAUACAAGAACAGACUAUUAUUAAUAUUUUCCACUGCUUCUUUUUUAUUUGUUAUGUCCAAGAUGCCUCACUUCAUGUAUUAAAUUCUGUUGAUGAAUUUAACAAUCAGUAUAUGAGUGUAUCAUACACAGUUUUCUACCUUUCAUGAUUAGCAAGCAAGCAUAGCAGUGGUGGUUGAUGUUUAUCAUAAAACAAUAAUGUGAUGUUGGGUCUCUUCUUAUCCUCAAUUUUUUAAGACGAAUUUAAAAGUAUGCAUUUUUCUUGUACAGUAUUUUUACAGCAUGUAGGAAUACUCCCUAAAUGUGCCUGUAGAAUUUUCUUAUCGUACCAGGGACGUGAGAGGGAGACCCUGAUCCUACUGACUACUAUUGUGAAGUUAUGUUCUUGGAAGUAUUAAACAUAUGUUAAAUUGGCAAAUUUAAAUUACCAUUGAUUUUAUCCCUCUUUGUUUGUUGCUACUUUUCUUAUUGUGAUGUGUACACUAAUAUUUUUGUGUGAAUAUAAAUUGAAGGUGCUAGUUAAUGCAUAAUAUUUUCCACAGAAUUUUAAGUAAUCAGUUGUCCAAGAUCUGGGAUCUUAAAUCGUGGAUUUGUCGCCAACGAAAAAAAAAGAAAGAAAGAAAACAAAAAUGACUGGAUGUUUUGUAGUACUUGUCAAGAUGAAAGAAGUGAACAUACUUUAUUUUUCUACUAAAUAUCAUUUUGCUAUAUUGCUGUGUGAAAUUUGUUUUGUGUAAUAACUUGUCAAAAACUUUGAUUGAAAUUAUUGGUAGAGUACAAUUUUAAUGAAAUAAAGAUCUGUUUGACAUACGGUAUGUCCCAUCCAAUCAUGUGAUGAUAAUAAAAGUAUUGAUCAAUUUUAGUAUACUGGAUGGCGCAGAUGGUGAUUAUAACAAACGUUGAUGUGUGUAGAAGUGUAUGAUUUUUACUUCUAUAUGUACAUGAAUUUAUCCACACAAAUCAAUAUUUUUUGUAAAAUAUAGAAUAUGUGAAUAAAUUCAUGACUGUGAUAAUUGUUUAC